AGUCAGUAUCUUAGAAAGGAAAUGUUAAUUGCAUCCUUGUUACUAUUUUACCAAUUACACUUGAUUCGGAUGGAUUACGCCGAAGAUCAUAAAGGAAUAAAACUCCAACUCGUUGAAAAUUUUGGGAAAUUAACUUUACAGACAAGAAGUAAUUUUGAGGAAAGACCAGAUCUUGAAGAUGUUUAUUAUGGUUUUCUACGAAACCUCCACGCUCUUCAUCCCAGAACGACAUCAUUAAAAGUAAUCGGAAGAUCUUAUUUGAGAAGAAAAAUCUACUCCUUUGAAAUUGAACACAGUGAUUAUCGAGGCGGAACGAUCUUUAUCGACGCUGGGCAAAACGGAAACGAAUGGGAAUCGGUUAAUUUAGCCCUAUAUCUUUUAAAGAAUUUUCUAACAACUCAUAUUUCAUUGUUGUUGUGGUUAAGAGUCGUCUUUGUGUCUUUAGUAAAUCCAGACGGAUACGAAGAAGCCGAAAAUAAUAAAACUUUUAAUACCAACCUAAAAGGUGAUAUUCAUUGCCCGGGUGUAAACAUAGCAAUGAAUUUUAAAGUUGAAGGCCCACCCAAGUUUACAACAUGCGAUAAAUAUCAAGGUUUGAGAUAUUUCUCCGAAAAAGAAAGCUUAAACAUUAAAAAUUAUAUAGAAAAACUUGGUGAUGUUAAACUUUACGUAACUUUGCAUUCAAAAGAGGAGGGGUUUAUAGCGUAUCCAUUUGCGUAUAAAGAAGAAAAGCACGGCUCAGAAAAAAUAGCUAAAAUCAUGUUUAAUGCGCUUCGGGAUCAUUCAAUAAUGAAAAACGAAAAAUUCGGGAGUUUAAGUGAGAUUAUGAAGGAGAAAUUUAGUGGUAGUUCAAUCGAUUGGGCUUGUUCAGAAAUGAAAAUUCCCAGUUGUGUUUAUUUUAGUGUUAGUAAUAAGCUUAGUGAUGUUCGAGAAAGUUACGCUGCGUAUUUGGAAGCGUUAAAAUAUGGUAUUAUUGAGUUACAAUUGAACGAUAUCGAUGUUGGUGAUGCUUUUCUUAAUGAAACUUUAUCUAAGAAUUAGAUAAUUAUUGUUAAAAAUAAUGUGAUUGUA